CUGAAAGUGAACAAAUCUUUUCUGCUCUAGCUGUGAAUCCUGUCGCUCUUCCACUCAGAGAGGGUAUCUGUGAGUCGAUCACACAUCAUUUGGGCGUUCUUAGUCUUCAAUCAAUCAAAGGCAAAUAAAAUGCAGCUCAGCAUUUGUGAUUUGCACGUGCUGCGCAUGCCCAAAUCGGUUUGGCUUGAAUUUCCAAACUUUCUUCGGGCGUUGCUCUAGGCCUUUGGGCGCAGUUGAAGGUUGAGGUUUGUCAUGAUAGUUACGAAAAGUAAAAGCCAUUAUAGAUGGCAUCGAAUCUGCUUGAUGUGGUGCCUUGUGGUGGAUUUCGCACUGGCUCAGCAGAAUCUGAAGCCGGAGAAUCUGGAGCAGGAGUCGAGUGCGAAAAUUGACUGGCUCACGUUUCCCUGGUCGCACAGAAAUAAGACCAAGAAGGAGAGUCACUUGAGUGCUGGCUUGCAGCUGAAGGAUGACUACGGCCAGGCGGAUAUAUCCAGCUUCAGUGGAUUUGAGCGUCAUCCUUGUCGCCGCGUUUGCCAGCAGGGUCAGAGCCAGAGCUGCUACUACCAGCUGGUGGUGCACAACUAUCGUCGCUUGGGCCCCGAGUGCCAGCGCUGCCAGUUCGAUGAGCGCGCCUGCGCGGACGAGCGAUGCAUCUAUGGAGACGGCGUUGCAUCGCCCGUUAUGGCCGUCAAUAGGAUGGUGCCCGGCCCGGCUAUAGAGCUGUGUGAGAACGACACUGUGGUCGUCGAUGUGCUGAACUAUCUGAAUGAACCCACCACCAUGCACUGGCACGGUAUCCAUAUGAGUCGCAGUCCCGAAAUGGAUGGCGUGCCGCAUGUCACCCAGUAUCCGGUGGAGCCGGGCGAGGUGUUUCGCUAUGAGUUCCUGGCCGAUCGCAGUGGCAGCCUCUGGUACCACAGCCAUAUGGGCUGGCAGCGUGGCUUCGGCGUGGCCGGUAAUCUGAUCGUGCGCCAGCCCCAUCAGGCGAAUCCCCAUGCACGCCUCUACGACUACGAUCUGGUGGAGCACGCUCUGAUGGUGCAGGAUAUAUUCUACGACUACGACAUACAGCAGGUGCGCAACAUACUGAUCAAUGGCAAGGGCCGCAACCAUCUCAGCCAGCUGCCCGACCAGGAUGCCAGGCACCGCUAUGAGCGACUGCGGGUGACGCCUGGCUAUCGCUAUCGCAUGCGCGUCCUGCUCAACGGCAUCUUCAAUUGUCCCGUCGAGUUCUCCAUUGAGCAGCACAAGCUGCUGAUCAUCAGCACCGAUGGCAACGACAUUGAGCCGGUGCUGGCCGAUGGCUUCUUUCUGACCUCAGCGGAGCGCUUCGACUUUGUGCUGGAGGCGAACCAAUAUGCCAAGAACUAUUGGGUGCGCGUCCGUGGCUAUGAGCAGUGUGCGGAUCGCAAGCUGUAUCAGGGCGCGGUACUCAGCUAUCGGGGAGCCGCUCGCAGUGAGCUGCCCCAGGGCGAUAUACUGGGCAGCCGCCAGUCCAGAGAUCAGGACGAGCCACCGUUAUUCAUCAAUGAUUUUCGCUUCAAGCCCCUGAAGAAUUCUUCGUUAACGUUGCGGCAGUUCAGCAAAGACCAAGAUGUGGGCACGCUGUCGCUGCGCUCCGUGGAGCCCGUGCCCUGGCCAAGCUAUACCAAGUUCUUGACGUACUAUUCCAGUCUGAGCACACGGCAGGCGCCAAAUGGCGAACUACUCUUCCAAAUCGAUGAGAUUAGCUACAUUUCACCUGGUAUUUCGUUGCUCCAAGGCCGCCAUCUGUACAAGGAUGAUGGAUACUAUAGCAAUCGCAGCUCGCUCGCCGCACAAGGACGCAAUUGUGCCCGGGAGCUGUGCGAGGGUGUUCAUGUGAUACGCCUGCCUGCCUAUCGGGCCAUCGAAAUGGUUGUGACCAACCACAUGGAACCCACACAUCCCAUCCAUCUGCAUGGCUACACCUUCCGCCUGGUCGGCCAGGGAGUGCUGGGUAAUCAGAAUGACUUGAAAAAUAUACGCGAGCUGGACCGACGUGGACGUCUGCCUCGUCUGUCCAAUGACUAUGCCGCCGUAGCCAAGGACACUGUGCAGGUGCCCGGACUGGGCUACGUGAUUUUACGCUUCAUCUCUGAUAAUCCCGGCUUCUGGAGCUAUCACUGUCACAUCGAAGCCCACACAGUGCAGGGCAUGUUGGCUGUGCUCAAGGUGGGCGGGGACAAUCAAAUAAAACGAAUUCCGGCUCGAGUGGGCUGCUGAAGCUGAAAUAGUUCAAUAAAAUAUUUAAACAAAUAUACAUACAUAGGUAUACAAAGCUAUAGUGUUUUACAUUGUUCAAUUAAGAUUACAGGACACUCUAGUGUCAUAUACCAUAAUACAUAUUAUUAUUAUAUACUAUUUA